AUCACACAAAAGAAGUGAUGUGAGGUCGAAAUAAGCGCUAGAACUGUAUUGUUUGAGAGAAGCCCUUAGCUCUUCAGCUACUUAAACAUGAAAACAGUGCAGUUACAUUCAAAAAUAGCUACUUAGUUCAAAGUCUGCUUGAGUAUGGCUGAAAAGUUACACGAGUACGAGGGCCUUACGGGCCGAGCUCAUGGCUUGAGGGACAAGGUGCGAGGCAAGUGGGACGAGUGUAAGGAAUGGAAAAACAAUAUACCCACGGAUCAGGGCCUCGGGGGAGUCAUUGGUCACUUCAAGGGUCCACCCAAGCUGGAACGCACUCUUGAUGAUUACGAGCAUAUCUACAAACGAAAGACAAGGUCAGAGCUGGUGCGUAUCUCGGCCGCGGUAAUGGGCAUCGAAUUCUCGUACGCGGCGGAAACGGCCUUCGUAUCACCGACUCUACUGAAGAUCGGCGUCGAUCAUCAGCACAUGACAUUGGUCUGGGCGCUCAGUCCACUGGUUGGCUUCUUCGUGACCCCGAUACUAGGCAGCGUGAGCGACCGAUGUCGGCUCAAACAGGGACGGCGUCGGCCCUUCAUUCUACUCUUGUCCAUCGGUGUUCUCAUGGGCUAA